AUGGCUAUGCACGGCUCCGUCGAGGUUGGUUCUUGUGACGUCGACGUGAUGGACAUUCCCAAGGCACUACUCUCCAUGGUUAGGGUUCCAACAAGCCACGGUGGUGGUGUGAUAACCCUCGACGAUAGCGCGGUUGCUGACGUGGUGGCUGGGAUGACCACAUCAACAUCAAUGGAGGCUUUCUUCAGCUUCGAUUCCAAUGGCUCGGGCAUUUGA